GCGGCCGCCGUCUCGCUGCGGGCGCCGGACCGGGGGGAGGAUGCUGCUAGUCGUGCCCGCGUCCUCGCCGUCCUCCCCGGCCGCCCGCGGGGGCUUUGUUGUGGUCCGGACGCCACGAGCCGCCCCCUGGUGAAGUCGCGUUCUGUCCGCGCACCUAGCGGGAGGGCGGGCGCGCGUGUGCCUGGAGUGCGCGCCUGAGCGCGCUUGUGUGUGCAAGACCCGACCCGCGGCCCCAUUGUGCGUCCACCCGCGGCGGCAGGGAACAUGUGGGUGAACCCUGAGGAGGUGCUGCUGGCCAAUGCUCUGUGGAUCACCGAGCGAGCCAACCCGUACUUCAUCCUGCAGCGGAGGAAGGGGCAUGCGGGUGAUGGAGGCGGCGGCGGUGGGCUGGCAGGCCUUCUGGUAGGCACCCUUGAUGUCGUGUUGGACUCCAGUGCCAGGGUUGCUCCCUAUCGGAUCCUAUAUCAGACCCCAGACUCUCUGGUCUAUUGGACCAUUGCCUGUGGUGGUUCCAGGAAAGAAAUCACUGAACACUGGGAAUGGCUCGAGCAGAAUCUGCUGCAAACACUCUCCAUCUUUGAAAAUGAGAACGAUAUCACCACAUUUGUGAGGGGAAAAAUACAGGGCAUCAUUGCAGAGUAUAACAAAAUCAAUGAUGUAAAGGAAGAUGAUGACACCGAGAAGUUUAAGGAAGCCAUUGUGAAAUUCCAUAGGCUGUUUGGGAUGCCUGAAGAAGAGAAACUUGUCAACUAUUACUCUUGCAGCUACUGGAAGGGAAAGGUCCCCCGACAGGGCUGGAUGUACCUCAGUAUUAACCACCUUUGCUUUUAUUCUUUUCUUAUGGGAAGGGAAGCCAAGCUGGUAAUCCGGUGGGUGGACAUCACUCAGCUUGAGAAGAAUGCAACGCUGCUUCUGCCUGAUGUGAUCAAAGUGAGCACGAGGUCCAGCGAACAUUUCUUCUCUGUGUUCCUCAACAUCAACGAGACCUUCAAGUUAAUGGAGCAGCUUGCCAACAUUGCCAUGAGGCAACUCUUAGACAAUGAGGGGUUUGAACAAGAUAGAUCCCUGCCCAAACUGAAAAAGAAAUCUCCUAAAAAAGUGUCUGCUCUGAAACGUGAUCUUGAUGCCCGGGCAAAGAGUGAACGAUACCGUGCACUUUUCCGGCUGCCCAAAGAUGAAAAAUUAGAUGGCCACACAGACUGUACCCUCUGGACUCCAUUUAACAAAAUGCACAUUUUGGGGCAGAUGUUUGUGUCCACAAAUUACAUCUGUUUUACCAGCAAGGAGGAGAACUUGUGUAGCCUCAUUAUCCCACUCCGGGAGGUGACAAUUGUGGAAAAGGCAGAUAGCUCCAGUGUACUCCCCAGCCCCUUGUCCAUCAGCACAAGGAACAGGAUGACCUUCCUCUUUGCCAAUUUAAAAGAUAGAGACUUUUUAGUGCAGAGGAUCUCUGAUUUCCUGCAACAGACGACUUCUAAAAUAUACUCAGACAAAGAGUUUGCUGGAAGCUACAACAGUUCAGAUGAUGAGGUGUAUUCCCGGCCCAGCAGCCUGGUUUCCUCCAGCCCCCAGAGAAGCAUGAGCUCAGACACUGACGGUGAGCGCCAGUUCAACCUGAAUGGCAACAGUGUUCCAACAGCCACACAGACCCUGAUGACCAUGUAUCGGCGGCGCUCUCCUGAGGAAUUCAACCCUAAACUGGCUAAAGAGUUUUUGAAAGAACAAGCCUGGAAGAUUCACUUUGCUGAGUAUGGGCAAGGGAUCUGCAUGUACCGCACAGAAAAAUCUCGGGAACUGGUGUUGAAGGGUAUCCCAGAGAGCAUGCGGGGGGAGCUCUGGCUGCUGCUGUCAGGUGCUAUCAAUGAGAAGGCCACACAUCCUGGCUACUAUGAGGACCUCGUGGAGAAAUCCAUGGGGAAGUAUAAUCUUGCCACAGAGGAGAUUGAGAGGGACUUACACCGCUCCCUUCCAGAACACCCAGCUUUCCAGAAUGAAAUGGGCAUUGCUGCUCUGAGGAGAGUCUUAACAGCUUAUGCUUUUCGGAAUCCUAAUAUAGGAUAUUGCCAGGCCAUGAAUAUUGUCACCUCAGUGCUACUUCUUUAUGCCAAAGAGGAGGAAGCUUUCUGGCUGCUUGUGGCUUUGUGUGAGCGCAUGCUCCCUGAUUACUACAACACCAGAGUUGUUGGUGCUCUUGUGGACCAAGGUGUCUUUGAGGAACUAGCCCGAGACUAUGUCCCACAGCUGUAUGACUGCAUGCAAGAUCUGGGGGUGAUUUCCACCAUCUCCCUGUCUUGGUUCCUCACACUAUUUCUCAGUGUGAUGCCCUUUGAGAGUGCAGUUGUGGUUGUUGACUGUUUCUUCUAUGAAGGAAUCAAAGUGAUAUUCCAGUUGGCCCUGGCCGUGUUGGAUGCAAACGUGGAUAAACUAUUGAACUGCAAGGAUGACGGGGAGGCCAUGACUGUUUUGGGAAGGUACUUAGACAGUGUGACCAAUAAGGACAGCACACUGCCUCCCAUUCCUCACCUCCACUCUCUGCUCAGUGAUGAUGUGGAACCUUAUCCUGAAGUAGACAUCUUCAGACUCAUCAGAACUUCCUAUGAGAAAUUUGGAACCAUUCGAGCAGAUCUGAUUGAGCAGAUGAGAUUCAAACAGAGACUGAAGGUGAUCCAGACACUUGAGGAUACAACGAAACGGAAUGUGGUGCGCACCAUUGUGACAGAAACUUCCUUUACCAUUGAUGAGCUUGAAGAACUCUAUGCGCUUUUCAAGGCAGAACAUCUAACCAGCUGCUACUGGGGUGGGAGCAGCAACGCACUGGACCGGCACGACCCCAGCCUGCCUUAUCUGGAACAGUAUCGCAUUGACUUUGAGCAGUUCAAGGGGAUGUUUGCACUUCUUUUCCCCUGGGCGUGUGGAACCCACUCUGAUGUGUUGGCCUCCCGCUUAUUCCAGCUAUUAGAUGAAAAUGGAGACUCUCUGAUUAAUUUCCGAGAGUUUGUCGCUGGGCUAAGUGCUGCGUGCCAUGGGGACCUUACAGAGAAACUCAAACUCCUGUACAAAAUGCACGUCUUGCCUGAGCCAUCCUCUGAUCAAGAUGAGCCGGAUUCUGCUUUUGAAGCAACUCAGUAUUUCUUUGAAGAUAUCACCCCAGAAUGCACACAUGUUGUUGGAUUGGAUAGCAGGAGCAAACAGAGUGCUGAUGAUGGUUUUGUUACAGUGAGUCUCAAACCAGACAAAGGGAAGAGGGCAAAUUCUCAAGAAAAUCGUAACUACUUAAGACUUUGGACUCCAGAAAAUAAAUCUAAGUCAAAGAAUGUAAAGGAUUUACCCAAAUUAAAUCAGGGCCAGUUUAUUGAGCUGUGCAAGACAAUGUAUAACAUGUUCAGUGAGGACCCCAAUGAGCAGGAGCUAUACCAUGCCACGGCAGCAGUGACCAGUCUCCUACUUGAGAUUGGGGAGGUUGGCAAACUCUUCAUCACCCAGCCUGUAAAAGAGGGUGGGAGUGGGGGCGGUGGGCCACCCUGCAACCAGGGCAUCCCAAGUAUGCUCUUCCCCAAGAAAGGGCCGAGCCAGCCUUAUGUUGUGGAGUCCGUUGAGCCCCUCCCAGCCAGCUUGGCAGUGGACAGUGAGGAGCACUCCCUGGGAGGGCAGAUGGAGGACAUUAAGCUGGAGGACUCCUCACCCCGGGACAAUGGGGCCUGCUCCUCCAUGCUGAUCUCUGACGAUGACACCAAGGACGACAGUUCCAUGUCCUCUUACUCGGUGCUGAGUGCUGGCUCCCAUGAGGAGGACAAGCUGCAUUGUGAGGACAUCGGAGAGGACACAGUCCUGGUGCGCAGUGGCCAGGGCACAGCGGCACUGCCCCAGAGCACUAGCCUGGACAGGGACUGGGCCAUCACCUUCGAGCAGUUCCUGGCCUCGCUGUUAACAGAGCCUGCCUUAGUGAAGUACUUUGACAAGCCUGUGUGCAUGAUGGCCAGAAUUACCAGUGCUAAAAACAUCCGGAUGAUGGGCAAGCCCCUCACCUCCGCCAGUGACUAUGAGAUCUCGGCCAUGUCAGGCUGAUGUGGGAACCUACCCUGGGGAGGGGCAGGAGUGGGUCUUUUUUAUGUUCUUCUGUGUUGAGCUUUCUUUCUUUUAAAUUAAAUAUUUAUUAGUACCCGGCUUGAAGCCCGGUGUUUUCAUAUUACAAAACAAUGAAAACUGUUGGAAAAAUAUUUAAAUGCCUCACUGUAGGUACAGUACACUCUCUUAAUCUGUUGAUGGGGGAAGGGUGGGGAUUUCCCAGAAUACAGUUUGUUCCGUGAAUUCCAAAAAAAGAUGACUGUCAGUGAUAUGUGUGUAUUAUAACUUAUUAAUCUUGCUGUUGAGCUGUGUCCAUGGUUUAAAAAAUAGUGCUAUUUAAUGCUAAAUAAGGUGGCCAUGAUUUGUGUAUCUGGGCUUUUUAAGUAAAAUUAGAGCUGUUAAGGAAAAUGAAAUGCCACAAAUACAAGAAUGUUCUUAAGUAGAAAAGGCAUUGUCAGCUGAGGUAAGUCCUAUACCACUUUAGGAGGUAUUAAAAAUAUUUUUUAGAAUUUUAAAUAUAUUUCAUGAAAGUUCUCUCUUCAAAACUCACAUUCAAAAGAUGUUCCCCUUCAAGGGGAGAGCAUUUAAGGGUCUACACAGUUAAAAAUGUAGAAAUGAUUUUUAUGUGAUGCCAGAAUAGCACUUCUGUUUGGUUAUAUUGGAAAAAGAUCAGACCAAUUCUUCAUUUUAAGAAACCAAAAUUCAGUGAGAAUGAAUAGUCUUUUGUUACAGAGAAUCUGAAAGGGGCAGCAAAGAUGAGAGAGGGUUCAAUAUGUUUUUUUGAAAGAGUAAAAGUACUGAUACUUCUGAUACUAGAUUUCCAGCUUCUUAUUCAUGCAAAGAAAGCAAAAAUUAAAACAUUAAACUUUACCAUUUCUGUAAUCUCCAUAGAUUCAAGAAAUUAUACCAUGUAUCACGUAUGACCAUCUUUCCUGUCAAUCAGUGUAGAGAUAAUGUAAAUUGAAAAAAAAAUCUGCAAGAUAAUGUAACUGAAUGUUUUAAAACAGAACUUGUCACUUUAUAUAAAAGAAUAGUAUGCUCUAUCUUUUUCCUGAAUGGAUGUGGAAAUGAAAAUUAGCGCACCUGCACUUUGAAUUUUUGCUUCUUUUUUACUACUGUUAGGAUUUUGUUUUUUACACACAUGGGAAGAUUUUUUUUUUCUUUUUAUUGUUGAAUUCAUAGUCAUUGUCACAUAUUCUUUGCUUAUUCUGAAUAUAUUCCUUUCAGCACAUUCCUUUAUUUUAUUAUACACUGUGUUCUUAUUUCAGUUGUUGCUGCUGUUUUCUAUUUUGUUUACAGAAUGAUUUUUAAACUGUCAAAUGAAGUAGUAUUACCCUCAAAUAGGAUAAAUGUGAACAAAUAAAAUAUAUCAGAUACUCAGA